GGAGCUAACAUAAAAGAAGGAAUCAAAGGAUGGAUAACGCUGGAUUCGAUAGUCGGAGUCGAAAUGGCUCUGUGGGCCAAUCGUCCGAUGACAUCAGACUGGAAAUGAACAGAGUGCCAUCUGUCGACCAAACACUCUCGGACAAAGACAAACGCAACCUCCCCCCUUACUUAUCGGAUAAAAGCACACUUAAUUUAGCAACGGAGAGAAGGAGAUCGUCAAAAUAUGAAAUCCUUGUUGGAAAUGUACAACUUGUUGUUCAUGGAUUCUUUACAGGUGAUAAAAAGAGAACCAGAGUCUUGUUGUGGAUAUGCGCAGCUGUGUUUGCAGUCGCUUGGGUUGUCUACCUUGGCUUUGCCAACGCCCACAACAUCCAAACCGCCAUUCCAUUGGACAUUAUCACUGGAUUUGUGAUAUUUUGUAUUGCGUACUAUCUCGUCAAAAAAUAUUUUGGAAAGGCUAUCUAUAAAAAAUGUUUCAAACCUUUAGGUGCUGCUAUUGACAGAUAUUGGAAGGUUCUAAAAUGGAUUCUGCUUGCAUUGGUUCUGACAAGCCUUGGUCUUAUACUUUACUUCAUCGUGGGAAAAGACAGGCCGAAGAACCUGAUUUCAGUAGCUGGAACUGUUGUUAUAGUUCUCUUUUGUUUCGUCACUUCGACAAACCCAGCAAAGGAUUUCCCAUGUUAUAAAAAUUUCAGGAAUGAAUUGAUACUGUGGCUGUUAGAAGACAAUGAACUUUUUAUGAAGGCAUAUAUCAGUCUAAACCAACCAUAUGACAGUAGUGUUGGGACAGUUAACUCAAUUCCAACAAACAAGGUGAAAUGGCGGCCAGUGUUAUGGGGUUUGUCAAUACAAUUGAUAUUUGGUCUACUUGUCCUGCGCUGGGAACCUGGCUAUGAAGCAUUCUCGUGGAUGUCCAACCAAAUCAAAGUGUUUCUUGAAUAUGCAGCUGUCGGUUCAGAGUUUGUCUUUGGGGAGCUCUACCAAAAUCACCCGUUUGUCUUUGAGGCUAUACCACAGGCAAUCUUCUUCAGUGCGUGUAUCAGCAUUUUGUAUCAUGUUGGCAUAGUCCAGCAAGUGAUCCUGAAGCUCGGUUGGCUGAUGGAGAUCACGUUAGGAACAACUGCAGUCGAGUCCCUAAAUGCGACGGCAAAUAUAUUCAUCAGUAGUGUGGAGGCAGCUGUGAUUAUCAAAGACUUUCUACCCAGGUUGACGUAUUCUGAGCUCCACGCUGUUCUGUGUGGAGGGUUCGCUACAGUAGCGGGUGUAGUCAUGGCUAUUUACAUCAGUUAUGGGGCUCCGCCAGAGCACGUGCUAUCUGCUGCUAUCAUGAGUGCACCCGCAGCACUAGCUUUAGCAAAACUGAGCGUCCCCGAGACUGAGGAAUCGAGGACAAAAUCUGGUGGGAUAGAACUUGAGAAACCUGCUUCCCGGAAUGUUAUGGAAGCAGCGUCUAAUGGUGCUGUUGCUACAAUCACGCUCAUCGGCCACGUGUGUGUAAACUUGAUCGCAUUCCUCGGACUGCUCAGCUUUGUCAACGCUAUUUUAAACUACAUUGGGCUUGCAGUUGGCUGUAACGGUCUAAGUUUCCCGUUUAUAUGUUCCUACGUUUUGCGCCCCCUGGCGUUCAUCUUGGGUGUAUCAUGGGAGGACUCAGGCGUUGUAGCAGAAUUGAUGGGCACCAAAAUAUUCAUCAACGAAUUUAUAGCUUAUUUUACAAUGAACGAAUAUUAUUUAGCAGGCAAAAUAUCAGAUCGUUCUCGUGCCAUUGCUACGUAUGUUCUGUGUGGGUUCGGGAGUUUUGGUGAUAUAGGCAUUAACGUUGGUGUGUUUGGUGCUUUUGCUCCCACCAGACGUUCCGAGCUCUCAGGGAUGGGGCUUAGAGCUCUUGUCAUGGGGAACCUCGCAGGUUUCCUAACUGCUUGCAUAGCAGGUAUGCUUUACCAAGGGGAUGAGUUGUACGUCGGAGGUCUGACUGAAGCCAUACGGGACAAUAGGACUAUAUGCGGUGUAAACGCGUAGUCCUGAUCUUCAACUCCAAGCAGUCGUUUAACGAAAUAUCUCGCCGAUUCGAGAUUUCCAUGUAUGCUUUACUUGCGAGAUAACGUAUUCAAAACACUAUAAUUGAUAUUGAAUACUACGAAUGUAAAUCAAAUGAAACUGUUCAAACUGUUCUUCUUAAUAUCAAUCCAAGACAAAUGUAUGUUUUCGUGCCAUAGUAACAAACGCGCUUAUCAUGUCAGAUUUUGGUGCCAAGAUAUAAUUGACAAUCGCCAUUAGGGGCGCAUCUAAGGUUUGGAAAUGAACGUGGCAAAUUUUGAUAGAGAACACUUGGGAUAUUUAAAGAGGAUGCUAUACUGCUACCGUAUAUAGUUUUCACAUGUUCAGUAGCAGUGUUCCACAAUAUAAGUGAGGCAUUUGCCUCGUUCACCUCAUGCCAAU